UGUCUGGGGUGUGGCCUUAGAAAAGAGGGCGGGCCAAAAGUGGGCGGAUGGGUUAUUUCUUGUGUUUGUGCAUUUAGACUCCAAGCCUGAAAUCAGUAUCACUGAGAGCAGAAGUUGGACUUGAAGAGACACACAGACGUCUAACACGCAGUCAUCAUGCUGAUCCUCCUCGCUGCCAUCUUCGUCCUCCACAUUCUUGCCAUCAUCCUCCUCCUGGUGGCUACAAUUGACAAUGCCUGGUGGGUGACCGCGGACAUGACCACUGACGUCUGGGCUCGGUGGAUCCUGGUCAACGGGAAGUGGAAUUACACUGACCUGCCCACUGGCUCCCACUAUCCACAAGAUUACCUCCAGGCAGUGCAGGCCAGCUCUGUGCUCGCGUGUAUAUUCUCCAUCAUCGCAAUCUUUGUGUUUGCGGCUCAGCUCUUCACCCUCCCCAAGGGCCAGAGGUUCGUCAUCUCCGGGGUCAUCCAGUCCCUCGCCUGCCUAUGCAUCAUGAUUGCAGCCUCCAUCUACACCGACCGCUUCCACAAGGAUGAGAGUACGGGCAACUACGGCCACAGCUACAUCCUGGCGUGGAUCGCCUUCGGCCUCACGUUCUUCUCCUCCAUCACUUACUUCGUUCUACGCAAGAAGACGGCGUGAGAGGGACGUUUGUUUGUUCCAGACUUCAGAUUUAAGAUGCAUGUGUAAAUUCAGCUACGGAUACGGCCGACCUUUGACCCUCUCAAAUACGCUGCGGUUAACUGAGUCUGCUUUCACAUAGUCAGGGGUGUCAGGAUAAAUGUGUGUUUUUUGUUUUUUUCCUGAAGUAAAAAGCAAACUCAGUCAAUUGCAGUUGUAUUUGAGUGUAUUUUCAUCCCACUGUUGGGCUGGAUUACUUCAGGGCAUCUAAGGACUGUAUUGUUGUUUAUAGUCCUUAGAAUAUAAUAGUAUAUAAUAAUAAUAAUACCGAACAGAAAGUCCUUAGUAUAUGAAAUGCUACAAUAAAUUAAGAUGCUUUAUAAUGAUGGUACAAACCACAUACUGAAUCAUUUGUUCUGCUGAAGAGUUUCCAUCACUUUGCUGAAAGCAACUCUGGCUCUGCUUUCAAUAAAAAGAAAUCAAGUUUCUGAGCUUUUCAUGCAGUUCCAGUGACCUGAUCAGGUGAACGACGUGACCCCUGCAGUGCUUCAGUAUGUGAUUGGUAGCCUUGUCUUAAAGUCUAACUAUUGUAUUGAUCAAUGUCAAUUGAUCACUGUGGUUUAUUUUGUUGUUCUGUAAUGUACAUUUAUUAAUUGAUCUAAGUGUUAACAGUAGAUAAAAUAGGGUGAAUUUUGACUUUUUUGUGAUUAUUAUUUUUUAAUUGUUAAUUCAUUAAUUAUCUUAUUUCUGAAAAAGCUACAACCGUAUUUACAUCAUCAUGCUGUCAAAUGGCAGCUGGGCCAUAACACAGCCAGUCAAAGGUCACAUGUUUUUAUACGUUAAAUAAUACUUAACAGUGACGUAAAGUGUAAAAACAAACAUUUGUGAUUCGAAGAAGACGACCAACCAAAGCGAAAUCACUAAACCUGAUUGAUCUGAGCCUUUCCUAGAAGCAGCAAACACAUCCUACUGUCAGAGAUGACUUUGAUUCGUGACAUCUUUAAUUUAGAUAAAUAAACUAACACAGAAACACUGUGUUCUGGUUGUGAAUCCGAUCACGUUGUAGUAUCACAUGUCUGCUCGAUGUGACGGAAAGGAGACUGGUCUGAAUCUUGAAGCGUGAGAUGUAACGUGUAAAUAUAAUUUUUUUUUUCUUUUUUUUCAUAUAAUACUCUAUGUCUGAUGCUGUUUAUUUUUGCUACCAUAAUGUGCCAUAUAUGAUGAUUUUUACUAUAUUAAAAUUAACCUUUAUUCACGAA